AUGGAUAUGCCUGUGCAGGGAGCGGCGAGAGCGAGGGGUGGCCCGAUCGAUUCCCGGCACGCACGCACGCGGCUCACGCUUCCCGCCCUUCGGGUAUCGUUUCAAAACUUUUCGGAGGGAAAUUUACCCCCGGCCAGCGCCACCGCUUACCUUGGCGGGCUGGUCGGGGUGGCAGAAAUAAUCUUAGGUGACCACCGCUUACCUUACACAAGAACAACCGUUAGAGUCGACUGCGAGGUGCAGAAUGGUUGGUGCGGGAGCGCGCGGAACAUUAAGCUCAAUCCGCCCCGCGCCCGCACCGCAGCCCUAACGCUUCAACCUUGGCCUUGCUGGGAUGCUCUACGUCUAGCUAUUGCCACCGCAGACCUAACGCUAAACGUUUCACAAAUUUACAUUCAACCUAUAUUUUUCUGA